AAUUAUUAAAAGAAUAACAUUUUGAAGAAAGCAGUUACUGUAGCGGCAUCUAGUAAUAUUUAAGGGAAUAUUAUGCCUUAGUUGACUUGCCCUGUGGCAUAGAUGGCACCACUUUCCAUACAUUUUGUUUUCUUGUCCUCAAAGUACUGUACUGUCACCCCCAUGAGUGCAACAACAAAACGAGGUAGACGUCAAAACAUAGGACAAGUGGCGUAUUUACUUGCAAAACAAAAAUAAAUAUGCACUGAUUUUGAACUAUUAGAGAUAAUAAUAGUAAAAUGAUGUCUGGUGUUAAAUUGGACGUGCUUUGGUCACCUAUUCAUCACGAAAAGUUUAUAUUAUGGGGUCCCGACAUAACCUUAUAUGAAGUAUCUCGAAUAAAAGAAAUCGAGAAAAAAACAACAUUCACCCCAAUAUCUCCAACGCGAGGAGCGACAGUCCUUGCAUCACAGAGCGCCAGUGGAGUCCGCUGUGUGGAUAUCAGUGCCAUUCCAGAGCAGCCAGAGCCGUUACUAGCUCUUGGCUAUGCAAGUGGAAAAGUUGCACUUACUACAUUGAAGCAGACAUAUGAUCCACUCGGGCUUGUAGGGAGGGAGUUCUCUCCCCGCUACCCUCGCCUCUGCAACUCAGUAUCAUGGAGUCAUAUGGAGACCAACAUGCUGGCUGUGGCCAUGGAGAAGCACCGCAGUGAUCACUGCAUCUUGUUAUGGGAUGUGUAUCGAGGCUCUAUGCUCUCUGAUGAGGCCAAAGUUACAGAAUCAGCAUCGCCCUCCGUGGCAGCCGACGCUCCGCGGCCGCUGGCAGAGAUGGGCCUCUCGGAGACCGCACACAGCGUCACCUGGGCCAACUUCUCUAGCAGGACUCUCGUCGCGUCCAUGAACCUCAAGUACAUCAAGCUGUUUGAUCUUCGAGACCUGUCGAACAAGGCAGUGAGCAUGACGACGACGCGCUACUGCUACGGCGUGGUGGCGGAGCCGUGGGGCGGCUACCAGCUGGCGUCGCGCGGCGAGGGCGUGGCGUGCGUGUGGGACGCGCGCGCCUUGCAGAGGCCGCUGCUCACGCUGCAGCAUCCGCGCCCGCUCGCGCAGCUGCACUGGUGUCCUACCAGGCGGAACCUGCUAGUGUCGCUGCAGCGCGACUCGAACACGCUGCGUAUCCACGACAUCCAACAAGCGAACAGUGACACCAAACUGAAUAACGUAUCUGAUAGCGUGCAAACAGCGACGCCGGUGGUGGAGGCGGAGCUGGAGGAGCAGUACUCGCGCGGGCCCGGCGUGCUGGAGCGGGACGUGGCCGUCGGCGGGCCUGCGCCUGCGCCGCUCGUGGCCUUCAGCUGGCAUCCCGCGCACGAGGGCCGUCUGCUGGCCGUGUGCGCCUCGGGAGCUCUGGUGGACUACACGGUGUGCGAGCGCGUGACGGUGUCGUGGGGCGGCGGCGGCCUGGUGUGGGCGGGCGGCGGCGGACAGCUGCGCCUGCUCAAGGACGACUUCUACGCCGCUGUCAAAGACAUCUCCUACGUGAUGAAGAAGCGCGCGCAGACUGACUAUGGACUCAAGCCAGAUUUGUGGCAAAACGCUGACUUAGCAGAUGAUGACUCAUUAAGUGGACUCUGGCAUUUUCUGGCUCUCAGCAAGUCACUCGUUGAAGAUGGCUGCAUCCGCAACAGUCCGUGGAAGCAUCCGGGAGUGCGCACAGUACUACGCUCGGUGGGUGAUGGCGGUUACCGCUCCGAGAUCGUGCCCUCGCUGCUGCCCGACCUGCCCAACAGGAGGGUCACCAUCUACAGGAGUGCGGAGCGCACGCGCGGGCUGCAGCUGUGCGGCUGGGGCUGGGGCUGGGAGAACGCGCUGGCGGGCGUGGAGCGGGCCGAGGCCGAGGGCACGCCCUGCCGCGCCGCCGCGCUGGCCGCCUUCCAGCUGCGCGUGCGCACCGCGCUGGACGUGCUGGCGCGCGCGCAGCAGCCCGUGCUGCGCGUGGUGGCGCUGGCGCUGGCGGGGCUGAGCGACGAGCGCCUGUGGCGGGAGGCGCUGGGCGGGGCCGCGGCCGCGCUGCCGGACCCCUACCUGCGCGCGCUGCUGCGCUUCCUGGCCGCGUCCGCGCCCGCGCACCCGCACCACCACCCGCCGCCCGCGCACCACCCCGACCUCGCCGCCGUGCUGAACGAAACAGAGAUGCGCCUAGAGGACCGCGUGGCGUUCGCGUGCAUCUUCCUGCCGGACGCCAAGCUGCACGAGUACAUCCGGCAGACCUGCGACACGCUGCUGGACCAGGGGGACCUGUCCGGGAUCCUGCUCACUGGCGUGAGUCCCGAGGGCAUCUCGCUGCUGCAGCGCUGGGUGGAGAACACGGGCGACGUGCAGUCGGCGGCGCUGCUGGCCGCGCGCUGCGCCACGCCCGAGCUGCUGCGGGACCCGCGGGUGCUGCACUGGCUCGACAGCUACCGCGACAUCCUGGACGGCUGGCAGCUGUGGUGGGCGCGCUGCGCGCUGGACACGUGGGUGAUGGCGGGCGCGGGGGGCGGGGACUGGGGCGCGGGGGGCGCAGGGGGCGCGGGCGCGGUGCCGCGACACGUGUGUGUGGCCUGCACCUACUGCGGCAAGUCCGUGGCCGCGCCCCCGGGACACGCGCGCCCCAGGGUCGCUUUCGCGCGCCUGCCGCCGCCCGCCGCCAAGAUGAAGCAAAUCUCGUCGUGCCCGAACUGCCGCAAGCCGCUGCCCCGCUGCGGGGUCUGCUCGCUGCACGUGGGCACGGGGGCGGGCGCGGGGGGCGCGGGGGCCCCGGCCGCGGGCGCCGCCUUCAGCAGCUGGUUCAGCUGGUGCGUGGCCUGCAGGCACGGCGGACACGCGCAGCAUCUCAUCAACUGGUUCAAAGAGCACACGGAGUGUCCGGUGAGCUCGUGUACGUGUCACUGCGCCACGCUGGACCCGCCCGACCGCCCCGCGCCGCUGCUGCCCUAGUCCACACACACCUACUACACCUGCUAUGUUCCUUUACUCAUUACUUUUAUAUAAAAUCGUAAAGCUUGGCCACUGCUAUAAAGCUAAAGCAGCUUGCGAAAUUGAAUGUAUAAAUAGUCUAUGUUUAUUCUAGUCGAUGCACACUUACCUUAAAGACAGAGGGCGCCACUGAUUGUGUUACAAAUUUCUAUUUGUACAUUUUGAGUAAAAAUGACGUAGAUUCUUGGUAUAAUAAUUUGAACAAAAACAAUCCUAUUUUUGGGAGCUACCGCCCAUAAAAAGAACUUAAUAUAUAUUUACUAGGCUUAUAUUUCGUUCCCCUCGGUUGUAAAUGUAAUCUGUUUGACCGACCGGUCUGAUCCAUAGUGUAAGUACUCGGUGUUCAUAGCUUAAGCAGUAAUGUCAUAUUUUUAUACUUAGCUAUAAGAGAUGGGUUAUUUUUGUACACAACAUUAUUUAAGGCAUAUUUUACUUUUAUAUUUGUACUAUACUUCUUUAUUGUUGCAUUUCAUGUAGGGUUCUACUUGAUCCAUAAGUUCAAUAUCAUAUUUUUGUUAUAUUGUUAUCAGGCACGACCCACCUGCCUACAUAUUGUUAUGUGUUGUUAACAAUAAAAUGAUCUUUCAACAUUCAAA